ACCCAAGAAACUGGGACACCGGCUAUGGGAGCUGCUUGAUUCCCAAGUCUGGUACCAGACGAUAGCGGUUGCAGGUGUGGCCGAACUCCUGCACACGAUCCAAUCGGGCCCGCAAGUUGACUCACUAGGCGUGUCCUACUUCGGAAACGACAUCAUGACGGCUCCGAUCACAAAGAAAGUACAGGCGGACUGGAAAGAGUUCAUCCAGGCUGUAAAGCUGAAAUCGAAGCGGUCCGUUUUUGUGAUAGGCGGCUAUGCUGCAAAGUUUCCGGUUUUGCAGCUCUCCUCCGCUUAUGACCAGAACCUGCAAUAUGUGAGAAGUCUUGUGGAGAGUGAAGGUCUCUACGUGACAGACUUACGUCAGAAAGUGCAGAAGUGGAAGCUCUGCAGCGAUGGCGUCCACUGGCACGAGGACGAAAAAGAGGACGUCUGCGCCACCUGGGCCCGCCUGCUGCGGGGCCAAGUCCCCCCUUCCUGCCACCCCGACUCCGACGACUUCGCCGACGACUCCGAGCCACCAGGCAGCCGAGCAGCCUGCUGGACCUCGGCUUCACGGCUGCCGAAAACUCUCCACGUGCCCGACACGGGCUUCCAGGAUGCCGAAUGGGAGGGCUCCCGCUCCCAGAAAUCCCGGGCCUCGCAAGCCAACAGCUUCUGCGUCACGGUCUUCAGAAACGGGGAGGAGAAGCUCGGGAUCCGUCUGGAAGCCGUUUCCGGCCUAGGCUACCACUCGGCAGCACGCGUGCACAGGAUCUUCCAAGGUGGCCUCAUCGACCGAUGGAACCGCAUGCAGGAGUCAAAUGGCCUGCAAGGGUGGGCAGUCCAGGUCGACGAUGUCAUCGUGGGCCUGAACGGACAGCACGAGUUCUCAACCUCGAGUUGGGAGUUUCAGACGGCAACCACGGUAAACCUGUUGAUCAUACGGGGACUGAGCCUGAAGCUCUCGGCCUAG